AUGGAGUGCAAUACCAACUGCUUAGUGCCGGCGAACAAAUGGCUCGACCCGUUUUAUCCCUAUCUCAAUUCGAUCCCAGACUCACUCGACAAGUAUCUUUCACCUUUGCCUCUUGUACAGAUACAACCCAUGGGGAAACCUCCGCACGUAGGCAUCAUAGGCUGCGGCCUCGCGGGGCUCAGAUGCGCCGAUGUCCUGCUGCAGCGCGGGAUGAGAGUCACCAUGCUCGAGGCUAGAGACCGGAUCGGAGGCCGGGUCUGCCAAAGUAAAGUCGGGGGUGCCUCUGUCGAUUUAGGCCCCAACUGGAUCCACGGCACCAGAAACAACCCUCUCGUCGAGAUCAGCGAGCGCUCUGGCACAGUUACCGACUCCUGGGAAGGGCUGCAGACGACGUUUGAUACAGAUGGCAAGCUGCUGGACCCAGUUCUGAGCGCCAAAGCGGCCGAGUUCAUGUGGACGACCAUAGACCGGGCCUUCAGCCUCAGCCAAAAAGACUGCGCCAACAUUCCGGCCAGCAAGAGCCUGCUCGACUUCUUCAGAGAAGAGCUUGCGCAGUCCGGGUUCAGUAAGGCCGAGAAGGACGCCUGUCUAGAGUCAUCAAAGAUGUGGGGGGCGUACAUCGGCUCGCCCAUCGAGAGACAGAGCCUGAAGUUCUUUCUCCUCGAAGAAUGCCUUGAAGGAACCAACCUAUUCGUUGCCUCGACAUACAAGAAUAUUCUCCAACAAGUUGCUAGGCCCGCCCUGGAGGGAGCAGAGAUACGUUACAACGAGACAGUUGUUGCACUUGAAGGGAGAUCUCGUACCACAGGGACAGAUGGCCGGGUGCUUGUCCGCACAUCAAAUGACAAGGAGUAUCUCUUUGAUGAAGUCGUUGCGACGUUUCCUCUCGGGUGGCUAAAACAGAAUAAACAGGCAUUCAGCCCUGCCAUGCCACAGCGUCUCUCCGAUGCAAUCGACCAUAUCUCGUAUGGCCGUCUAGAGAAGAUCUAUGUGAACUUCCCGGCAGCAUUUUGGCGGCGAGAGCCAGCUGCGUCCAGCGGCAUCAACCCUACGUUCCAGUUUUUCUCGCCCGGCUAUGUCGACCACCCCAAUACUCCCUACUGGAACCAGGAGUGCCUCUCCCUGGCUGACCUGCCCGGGAGCUGUGCCCAUCCCACCUUACUCUUCUACACAUACGGCACCUGUGCCGAGCAUAUAGUGUCUAGCAUAUCUGGCCACUCACCCGAUUCAACGGAGUAUUACAGCAUCCUGCAUUCCUUUCUACUGCCAUACAUCUCUAGGCUACCAGGGUACGACGAUCAGAGCCCGGAAUGUAGACCUACCGGUUUCCUGGCUACAGAGUGGCAGACGGACCCCCUAGCGGGUAACGGGAGCUACUCCAACUUCCAGACGGGGCUGACCGAUGGCCUGGGUGACAUCGAGGCUAUGCGGGAAGGCAUGGGGAUCGACAGGGGUAUAUGGUUUGCUGGUGAACAUACCGCACCCAUAGUCGGGCUUGGGACCGCUGCCGGAGCCUAUUGGAGUGGGGAGGAAGUUGCCAGGAGAAUGUGUGAUAUUCUUUCCUGUGCAGUUUGA